UCUAUCGUUUGAACUUUGAAAGCAAGAUCCUUUUUUUUUUGGACAAAGAAUGAUCCCCUUAACUUGAAGUUCUACUAUCUAUGUUGUUUCCGUGUGGAAUAUCUAUAUAUACUCUUCCGUUUAUAUGGAAGUAUAUUUUUUAAAGGAAAAAAAAAACAAAUUUAGCUACUCUCUUAGUUGUAUUUAUCAAUAUUUACAUUAUAUUAGUUUCAAAUUGGUAUGUGUAAAUUACAAAACAAACCAAAAUUAUACAUGUCAAGCAUAAAACCAAACACUAUAAAGAAAUUUCUUUGUGAUGAAAAAAUUACAAAAAAACAUAUGACUAGAUCUCCAUAUUACAGUUAUAAUAACACUUUUGUCAAAGUGAAACAGUUAUAAUUAACAAUACCUAUAUCUUUUACUAGAUGAAGUUAUUAUACGAACAUGGGGGAUUCCUAUGUAAGAAUGGAUGAUAUUAAUUAAUAUCUCUAUGCAUUGGAGAUAUUCAGUUUACAUCUCUUUCACGGUAACAAAAUUUCUGCCGCCACCACUAAGAGGGGAGGUGCACUCAAUGCCCUACAAUGUAAGCAAAGGCAAAAUCUAUGGUUUAUUUAAUAACUAUAUAUAAUCUUUUGCUUAGAGCGUCAACGUCCACCAUUCACCCUAAGAAAAGCCUCAAAAUAUUAUAUUCUUUACCCACCCAUUGUGUAACCUUUUUGUUGUCUUUACCUCUCUAUCUUCCUCUUAGUUUCCUACAUUUAUUCUUCGUUACCAAGGAAUAAAAAAAAUUGAAACAUGCUUCAUUGGUGGAACCCAUUUGAACCCACUUAACAUCGAAAGCGCUUCAAGAUUAGUAGAUGAAGUGGACCGGUCCUCUCUAAAUAUCAACUUUGUAUAAGCUUACGUAACCAAACCAUGAUGGAAGAAAGGUUUAUAUGUUCAAAUGUGUAAUCGUGGGAUCGCGAUGGAUAAAGAUAGUUUGGUCAAGCUAUACUAUAUAGCCUACAUUGGGAACGUAGCAUAAUACAAGUCGUAACUAGUGUUCGGUUUUCUUGUUAUAUAGAGUAGGCUAAAUAAAUGAAUCAAUGGUCCAUUUUCUCUUUGCCAAAACAAUAAAUGACGUCGAAUUUAUUUUAGGCAGACCUGGCGUCACACGAAAUCAAGUUUGGUGAAUAACCAAAAUAGUUGAAAGCAAAAUUUAAAUAUAUAAACAAACUCAAGCGUACAAAGGACUAGUUUGUAUUCUGUUUAGUUUUCUUUUUGGAAGUAUGUACGUAAGAGGAUACCACGUUACCAAACUCAAUUCUGGUUGUGUUAAGAAACCAAAACAAUUGAAGACGUACGUAAGCAUGAAUAUAAAGUGGCAUGUUGUUUCUGCUUCAUCAAGUUUAAUCAACAGCUUUGACCAACAAUUCAAAACUAACACAAAUCAGGAAACGGAAGUUAAUGCAAGCAAGUGGAUGUUUAUAAGAUAAUGCGUUACUAGUAACCAAAAAUAAUGAUAACACGGAACGAGUGACAAUAUGUACAGUGAGAGGUGAGGUUUUGUGAUAACAUAAUGAUAGUAACCAAUAUUAAUGAUAACAUGAGUAAGUUGAGAACUUACGGCGCAUGUUAGCAAGUAAGGUAAAUGGGGCUUGUUCAGUGUAAGAAUGAUUAUAGAAAUCAAGUUGUGCUGCACAUUUGGAAGGUGACAUCCACUUAUCAAAAGUCAUUUCGGCUCCUUUUGUGGUGAUGGUUCUAGUGGCUCCACUUCUAGAUAUAGACAAGCCUCCCCUAAAAACCCUUUGUCUUAUUGUAAAUUUCAAACUAUAUUACUUUGUAAAUGGUUUGUAACAGUGGAAACAAGUAUGUUUAAAUGUUUACCAAAGUAUAGAUAUGGUUGGUGUAAUGGACUUGCACACAAAAUGUUUAACAAUAAAACAAAUCAAUUAUGAGAGCACCACCCGGCAUCCGACCACACCCCACCAGAUACUAGUGGCCUACCAAGUUAAUGGCAAUUUUCGUAAAUACAAGGGCAUUUACGUAUCCCUAAACUCUAUAAAUAUACAAAGACAAAUCUCCAAAACUCCACACAAAUCUCCAAAAGCAUUAUUUACACAGAAGAGAUCACAAAGUUAGGGAAAAUAAAUUAUAAAGAUGGGCAAUUGUAUAGUAGUGGAGAAGAAAGUGAUAAAGAUUAUGAAAAAUGACGGAGAAGUAGUUGAAUACAGAGGUCCCAUGCAUGUUGAUGACAUCCUCACCCAAUUCUCUGGUCACUACUCUCUCUUUGAUUCUCUGUCCAACAAUUGUCAUCUUCAUCCACAAGUUAAGCUUCUCUGUGGCCGUCUCUACUAUCUCAUGCCAAAGCAGAAUACCACAGUCAAGCAUAAGAAGACGAAGAAGAAAGUCAGGUUUGCAAAUCCAGAGGUAGAGAAAAAAGGAGAUGGAUUAACAGAUUGUGGUGACAACACCAAGGAGAAGAGUCUUGGUGUUGUGAGAGUGAAGAUGGUUGUGAGUAAGCAAGAGCUCGAGAAGCUGAUUCAAGGAGGUUCAGUUCACGAAAUGGUCUAUAGAAGUCUUGCUAAGCAACAUCUGUGCCAUGAUGAUGAUGCUGCUGAUGAGGGUCUUAGAGGCUGGAGACCUUUGUUAGAUAGUAUUCCUGAAACUCAUUAGCCUAUUACAUGUCCACAUAUAUAUAUGACACAUACAUAGAUAUAUACAUAGAGAUUCCUUGACUGCUGAUGUCCUAACCCUUAUGAUAUUAGAGAUUGAAUCUUCUUAUUUCGGAACGUGAUUAAAUCCAAUCAAAUAGCUUAUAUUAGUAUGAUAUAUUCAGCAUUUCCUUCACAAGGAAUCUGGUAUUGCCUUGAGGGAUCAGGGAUUGCUGGUAAAACUGAUUACAAUUUUAUGCGCAGCUGGUAAAACUGUUGGACAAUAAUAUUAUUGGCUUUGGUAUGCGGAGUCUUAAGUUUGUUAAAAAACAUUUACUAAUGCAUAAUAAUUACCAUUACGAUACUACUAUAAUAAGUGGCUUGUUCAGAGAUCUACAGUCCCUUUUCAAUACUAUUAACUUAAACUAUUUUUCAGUACUAAGAAGUUUAUAUUUACGUUAGGAACCGAACUAAUCAGAAAAUACUGCUUAUUUACCUACUUUUGUCUUGUCCCUCUCACCACCACCACCGUUGCUCUCAUCAAGCCCUGCUCCAGACGCAUUCUUUUUCAGUAAAGUCCAGAAGGAUUCAAUCCAUCUUCUCAAGGGACCAGACUAGGAGUUGCCUUCUUCUGUUGAGAAGAUGUAUUGAAGUAUGACGCUUUUCCGAUCUGCAAAAUAAAUCCUCUACGUGAGCUUCAUUACAAUCAUUUAUGUUAUCUAAAAUGGCAACCAAUCUUAACACCAUUUUUCUCUCCAUUGUUAUGUUUCAUCUUGUUCUGUCUGCUCAAACUCAAAUGCACCCAAUACACCUGGAGUCUCCUGCUCCACAACCACAUCCACCACAGUCCCAACCGCAAACACCGCAUCACAACAGCUCCCAAUACGGUACUACUGAAGGCAGCCUUCAACCCCAAGAGUGUGGGCCACGGUGUGGAGAUAGAUGCUCGAAUACAAAAUACAAGAAGCCAUGUUUGUU